AUGACAUUUGAAGAUCCAUUUGACAUUGAAAACAGUGCAGAUAUGGAAUUCAAAGUCGUCCUCGUAGGUGAUGGAUAUGUCGGUAAAACUUCGAUCAUAAACAGAUUCUAUAGUGACCAUUUCAGUACGAAUGAACCACCUACAAUUGCUGCUUCUUUCCUUCCAAUAGCAAUGAAUAAGAACGGAAAGCGUGUUGUCUUAAAUAUUUGGGAUACAGCUGGUCACGAAAAAUUCCAUUGCUUAGUUCCUUUGUAUGCAAGGGCUGCAAACACUUUAAUUGUUGUAUUUGAUUUAACAAAUGAGAUGACAUUCGAAAAUGCUAAAGAAUGGUAUACGAAAACUAUACUUGACGUAGGGCAAAUUCCUGUGUGUAUAUUAUGCGGAAAUAAACUCGAUUUGAUGCCAGAUGCUAAUACUACGAAAUACGAGGAUUGGGCUAAAGCGCAUAAUUGCCUGUUUAUUACUACUUCGGCUGCAAAUGGAACUAAUGUACAAGAAAUGUUCAAAACAAUUACAGAAAAGCUCACAGCAAUUGAGAUGGAAAAGCAAGCUAAAAUAAAAAUUACUGUUGAGCCAGAACAGAAGAAAGCAUGUGCUUGUUAA